AUGGUUGUAGACCGGAUGUGUUUGUUUGCAUUUUCAGUAUUUAUUGUUGUCUCCACCUGUGCAAUAAUGUUCAGUUCUCCGCAUCUUAUUGCAUAA